UAGACGUGUAAAAUAAGCUCUCUGUUGUCAUUCAGUGCAUGUAAAGUUAUUUCCUUGUUCUAUAAAAGAGAUUAAUGAAUUCAAAAUGAACAUGAUUUUGUGUCGAGGAAGUUCUUUACGAUUAUAAACUUCUGAAGAAUAAUUAAUAAACUGUGAACAUGUAAUUUUCGUGCCAAACGAGAGCCAUGCGAAUUUCUCUGUUUAACAUUUUCUAUGGAUUAAUUAUCAUCGUAAAUUAUCAGCCAUUCAGAUGUAAUGCCAGUUUAUCAAAAUGUAAUAGAGUACCGGAAAAUUCAACUGUCAAUAAAUCACCUGCUGAUGGUCGUUACAAAUUGAGAAUUCUUGGUGAUCCGGAACGUUAUAUUCCGGGUGAAAACUAUACGAUAAGUUUGGAAGGAAUUUUACGUGCGUCUCACGGUCUUACACAUAAAUUUACUGGUUUCUUCAUAACUGUCGAGAGAGAUGCGUCAGAUGGAAAGACAUUGUCAACGACAACCGCAACAGCAUCAAAAACAAAUGAUGACAGUGUAGGAACAUUUCAUAUCAUUUCGCAUGCCAUAUCAAAAUUUUCAGAUUUAUGUCCCAAUAUCGUCACGCACACCAACUCAUUGGCAAAGAGUGAUGUUCCGAUUACAUGGACAGCACCGAUUAAAUCGAGCGGCUGUGUUGUAUUUAAAGCUACUGUGAUAGAGCACCGUGACGUAUGGUAUAUGGAUGAAGGAACAUUAAGUAAAACAUUGUGUGAAGAUAACACAGAUUCAGGUGAUUCUCAGCCAUUAAUCCUUGAAGAAUGUCGAGCGUGUGAUGAAGCAAAAUAUGAAUUGACAUUUGAAGGACUUUGGUCUCGAAAUACACACCCAAAGGACUUUCCAUCAAAUGGCUGGCUGACAAAGUUUAGCGAUGUAAUUGGAGCUUCACAUACGACAGAAUAUCGAUUUUGGACUUAUGGAGAGCCAGCAAGCGAGGGAUUAAAGGAAGUUGCUGAGCAUGGUUCAACGAGACAGCUGGAGAGGGAACUAAAAGAAGAGAGCGAACAUAUCAGAACGAUAAUCAAGGCACGAGGAAUUUCAUAUCCAAAUGUUACAGGAAAAACAUUUGCCGUUUUUCGAGUCGAUGCCUCGCAUCAUCUCGUAUCACUUGUGUCAAUGAUAUAUCCAUCACCCGACUGGUUUGUAGGCGUAAGCGGAUUAGAACUUUGUCUCGGAAAUGGCUCGUGGAUUGAACAAAAAAUUUUAAAUUUAUAUCCUGUUGAUGCCGGAACCGAUUCCGGUCCAACAUACAUUUCACCUGAUCAACCGACAAUACCGAAGGAACCAAUAAGAAGAAUAAAACCAAAUUAUCCGAAUGAUCCACGUUCACCAUUUUAUGACCAAGAAAAUAAAGAAAUGAAGCCAUUAGCCAGACUUUAUCUAUCACGACAACGGUUAUAUGAGAAAAAUUGUGACAGUAUCACAUCACAAGACUCACUAAAUGACUGUGCUAUAGGAAAAUGGACAGAAUGGUCAAAGUGCGAUAACCCAUGUGGAAAAGGAAGGAGGUCACGUCAACGUUAUUACCUUAAUCCACAGCUUGCUUAUCAAAAGAAUUGCAAGAAGAAGCUUACAGAUCAUGAAGAGUGCUACGGAACAAAGAGUAAUUGUGAUGAUGAUUUCAUUGAUGAAGAUUAUAGUGAACAAAAUCCAAGUCCCGAAUGUGUACUGACCGAUUGGACUUCAUUCAGUGAAUGCUCAGCCGUAUGUGGAAAGGGACAUCGAAGUCGAACGAGACGAUAUAAAAUAAGAAAGAAUCAUAAGAAAUGUCAGAAAAUGUAUCCAGUUGAAUUGGAACAGUUCAUUGAUUGCAAAGGAAAAAGCUGUUCAGGCGAUGAAAUCAGUGUUGAACAAAAGCCACAAGUGAGAAAGCUUGACUAUAGAUGUAGACUCACCGAAUGGAGUAAAUGGUCUCCAUGCUCUUCAACGUGCGGAUUAGGCGAGAGAAUGCGUGUACGUGUACCGAUUGAUAAAAAUUCAAGUGCUAAUGAUCACGUACAUAAAAUAAUGAAACUUUUCAAAAAGUUCAAUUCAAAAAACAAUAAAUACCGCAAUGAAAUCGAGAACGGUAACCGAGAUGGGGAGGAAAAUGAUGCAGGAAAUUCAAAUGAGCGAGAUGGUGAAGAAUUGAGUGAUCUAGAAAUAUUGGGUGUCUCAUCAUCGUCAAAGCAUCCGUGCAUAAAUGAAGAGUUUGUUCAAAAACAAGCUUGUGGAAUGCGGAAUAAACCAUGCGAAUAUGAAUUUUAUGGAAUGCCUCCUUUUUGUCUUCUUGAUCCAAAACCUGGAGCUUGUCGAAGUCAUGCUGAGAACAGAUGGUAUUAUGAUAAGAAUUUACAAGAUUGUUCGGCAUUUCCAUACAGUGGUUGUCAUGGCAAUAAAAAUAACUUUGAGUCGAAAGAGCAAUGUCAGCAGAUUUGUUCGCCAAGAAAAAAUGUGGGAAACAAAUUGCAGUCAUAUUCACAGACACUUGUCAAGUCUUCAUCGUCGUUGAAUGCUGGACAGAACGCACUCAAUGAGAAAAUCGAUUGUGAGGUUUCUCAUUGGAAACGAGAAGACUGCAAUGCUACAUGUGGAGAUGGAUAUCGAUGGAAAUCGAGAAUUAUUCUUAAACAUCCUCGAAAUGGCGGUAGACCAUGUCCAAAAAGAAUGUUACGAUUGGAAAGUUGUCAAGUAAAUUGUGACAUGCACAAAACAGAAUCAGCAUCCAUGGAGAGCUCAAAUAAUAAUCCAAAUUCAUGUACCUAUUCAAAGUGGUCUGCAUGGUCACCAUGCUCAAAAACUUGUGGCGAUUCAGCUGUUCAGAUAAGAACGCGAGCCGUCCUUAAUCAUCCACAACCGCACUUAUGUACGGAGCGUUUAGAAGAAAGACGAUGUGAAGUCAUGCCAUGCCUUGUGGAAAAUUUUAAUUACAAUUAAUGAGCAUAUAAUUUUUUGUUUGUGUGAGCAUUGCGUACAAAGCAAGGAGGUAAACAAGACAAAAAAAGAUACAUGACGGAGUCAUUACCGUAAUAAAUAUCCUUUUUGUUCAAGAUAGAAGAAAUAACGUAAAUGAGAAAAAAAAAUCCCUUUUUACCCCAAGAAUAAAUAAAUAAACGUAGAAAUGAUUUUAAGAAACGAACGAAAAGUUGUCUCAACGUGAAAAAAUUCUGUUAAUGUUGGUAAAAUGAGGGAAAAAUGAUUUUAAACUUUUACCCCGUCAAAUAAAAAUUUGAAGUUAAAAAGGAAAAGGAAUACAAUAAUAAAAUUU